CCCCGUACCUACUCUGAAGGGACCCAAGAUGGCUGAUUACUCACGGGGGGGGCAGUUAGCAAUUAUCUGAACAAAAACGUCGGGAAUGAAUGGCAAAUAGCCUUGUAAUGUAAAGCGCAACAUUUCAGUAAUUAUACGACUACAGUUGGUUGGUUUGCAAAUGUUUUGGGACGCAUGAAUACCAGUAAGGGGAGGGUGGUCUCUCCGCGGCCCCGAGCCAGAACAUGGCGGAACACUUGGGGAAGAAAUAGCAGCUAACGCUAGCUAGCUGGCGCAAUAUUCAGACACAAUUAGAAACAUUGAUCCAGGGUAAACACGUAUGCGGUCGACAAGUGUCAAAUAAUGUUAUCGGUGUUCCGUUUUUGUCAUUUUGCUUCAAAUGGUUGUUUAAUAUGUGUAGCGUAGGCUGUUAGCGUACUAGCUAGUUAACUCGUUCGGUUUUCUAGCUAACAGGCUAACGUACACACUGUACUAACAAACAGGCGGAUUGUUUUGGGACCAGAGGUCGUAACGGUGGGGCUUAUUCUACGUUUCCUCUGUGUGGUCGGACUUUCAAAUAUUUAUCAGGGCUUGUUUUUGUGAAUUAACACGUUAGCUAACGCCAAUGUCCUCCGCACUGUAAAUUAGAUUGUCGUUAGCUUGACACAAUGGCUGUUUUUAUAUGGCGCUACAACACUGGUGAUAUAAGUUUGAAGGCAGCUCGUUAAAAUAAUCAGAUAUUGUAGUUUGAAUCGUCGUCUUCCUGGAUAGUAGUAUCAUUCAAAUAGCUGUCAGCCCGGUUGACCCCUGACACUAGUUAAGUUAGUCCUGGAUUGUAGAAGUGAUCGGGUCUAAAAUAAGUGAAUUAAAGUUGUGGCGUUACUAGGUGAAGCAGACACCCUGUAAAGUCAAAGAAGGUCCGGAAGGGGGAAACCGGUCACAACUACCUGCCAAGAUGACGGACACUCGUCGACGAGUCAAAGUCUAUACCCUGAAUGAGGACAGACAGUGGGAUGACCGUGGGACUGGACACGUCUCCUCGGGAUAUGUGGAGCGUUUGAAAGGCACGUCGCUGCUGGUGCGAGCAGAGAGUGAUGGUUCCCUUCUGCUGGAGUCCAAAAUCAAUCCAAACACAGCCUACCAGAAACAACAGGACACAUUGAUAGUAUGGUCAGAGGCGGAGAAUUAUGAUCUGGCACUCAGCUUCCAAGAGAAGGCUGGCUGUGAUGAAAUCUGGGAGAAAAUAUGCCAGGUGCAGGGAAAGGACCCAUCCGUUGACAUCACCCAGGAUGUGGUGGACGAGUCUGAGGAGGAACGCUUCGACGACAUGUCCUCGCCAGGUCUGGAGUUACCUCCAUGUGAACUGAACCGCUUGGAGGACCUGGCCGAGCUGGUGGCAUCCUCACUCCCGUCACCACUGCGGCGCGAGAAACUGGCACUGGCUGUGGAGAACGAGGGCUACAUCCGCAAGCUCCUGGAAAUGUUCCGUGUGUGUGAGGAUUUGGAGAACAGAGAGGGACUGCACCACCUGUACGAAAUCAUAAAAGGCAUCUUCCUGCUCAAUCGUACUGCACUCUUUGAGGUUAUGUUCUCUGAAGAGUGCAUCAUGGACGUUAUUGGUUGUUUGGAGUUUGAUCCAGCGCUCUCGCAGCCACGGCGGCAUCGGGAGUUUCUGACUAAGACAGCCCGCUUUAAGGAGGUGAUCCCCAUCUCUGAUCCUGAACUGCGUCAGAAAAUACACCAGACUUACCGGGUGCAGUACAUUCAGGAUAUGGUUCUGCCAACGCCCUCUGUUUUUGAGGAAAACAUGCUGUCCACCCUGCACUCCUUCAUCUUCUUCAACAAGGUGGAGAUCGUGGGCAUGCUACAGGACGAUGAGAAGUUCCUGACAGACCUCUUUGCACAGCUAACAGACGAGGCUACAGAUGACGAUAAAAGACAUGAACUGGUGAACUUCCUAAAGGAAUUCUGUGCAUUCUCGCAAACGUUACAACCUCAAAACAGAGACGCCUUCUUCAAGACAUUGUCAAACAUGGGCAUUCUACCGGCGCUAGAGGUCAUACUGGGAAUGGAUGAUGUUCAGGUGCGUGGGGCCGCCACAGAUAUUUUCUCUUAUCUGGUGGAGUACAACCCCUCCAUGGUACGAGAGUUCGUCAUGCAGGAGUCUCAGCAGAACGAUGACGACAUCCUGCUGAUCAACCUGAUCAUAGAACACAUGAUCUGUGACACAGACCCAGAGCUGGGUGGAGCGGUGCAGCUGAUGGGUCUGCUGCGGACCCUGGUGGACCCUGAAAACAUGCUGGCUACGGCAAAUAAAACAGAAAAGACAGAGUUCCUGAGCUUCUUCUACAAGCACUGUAUGCACGUCCUCUCCGCUCCCCUGCUGGCCAACACCACAGAGGAAAAGCCAAGCAAAGGUAUAGAAUACCUGCGAGAUGACUUUCAAACAUCCCAGUUGCUGGCCUUGAUUUUGGAGCUGCUGACUUUCUGUGUGGAGCACCACACCUACCACAUAAAGAACUACAUCAUCAACAAGGACAUCCUGAGGAGGGUCCUGGUGCUCACCGCCUCUCAGCACGCCUUCCUGGCCCUCUGUGCUCUGCGCUUCAUGCGGAGGAUCAUUGGUCUGAAGGAUGAGUUCUACAAUCGCUACAUCAUGAGGAACUUCCUCUUCGAGCCCGUCAUCAAGGCUUUCCUCAACAACGGCUCUCGCUACAAUCUCAUGAACUCCGCCAUCAUAGAGAUGUUCGAGUAUGUCCGUGUGGAGGACGUGAAGUCUCUCACAGCUCACAUAGUAGAGAACUACUGGAAAGCUCUGGAGGAUGUCAACUACGUCCAAACGUUCAAAGGCCUGAAGCUGCGCUACGAGCAGCAGAGAGAGAGGCAGGACAACCCCAAACUGGAUAGCAUGCGCUCCAUCCUGAGAAACCACCGCUUCCGCCGCGAUGCACGGACGCUGGAGGAUGAAGAGGAGAUGUGGUUCAACACGGAUGAGGAUGACCUCGAGGACGGUGAAGCAGUGGUCCCUCCCUCUGACAAGAUGAAGAGCGAGGAAGACCUCAUGGAACCUAUAAGCAAGUUCAUGGAGAGGAAAAAAAUGAAAGACUCAGACGAUAAGGAAGUACUGGGGAAGUCGAGCUUAUCGGGCCGGCAGAACCCCAGCUUCAAGCUGUCCUUCUCCGGCUCCACUAAGACCAGCCUCUCCAGCCCCCCCUCCUCCGCCUCGCUGAACCCAGGCUCUCCGGGCUCACCAGGGUCUCCGGGCCCAGGGGCACGGAGCUCCCCCUCCACCACAGCUGUAACCACAAAGGGAGGUUUGGUGGGACUAGUGGACUAUCCUGACGAUGAUGACGACGAGGACGAGGAAGAAGAAGAGGAAGACGUGGAGAGUAAAGAGGACCCUCUGCCACCUUCGAAGAAGUCCAAGCUGAGUUCCUAAAGAAGCUCCGCUGUCUCCGCUCUGCUCGGACAGUUUCAGCGCACAGCCUUGACACGGGAACCAUCAAACUUGUAAACAAAUGGAAUGAGUGAGAGCCACCCCUCACCUUCAGCGGGUGGCCCAAGGAGGGGCAGACUGUGAACGGAAACGAAGCCUCCUCAAGACUAGUCCACUUCAUACAAGUGCCAAUCAGGAAACCAGGAGCGAAAAGGCGUCUGAAACGUGGAGCAGACGUGUGGAAGCUGGGGGAGAAAGGAUCAGCGGAGGGUUUGGUUCAUUCAGCAGCUUGAGGAAAAGACCACAUACAAAAACUCACAUGUACACGCAGACUGAAAUCCCAGAGAGCUCGGACCAUAACCCACUGCUCGCCCCCCACUCAGGGAAGGACACAGCGGCCCAAACGGGUCAGCCAAUUCAGACCCAGAACCCCCCCCCCCCCCCCCCACACGCCUCCUCAGAACCUUCCUCCUUUACUUUCAACUUCCUUUUCUCCUCUGCUCUUUCUUCUCCCUUUCUUUGUCCGUUGCUUUUCGUCCCCUCCUCUUUUUUUAAGUUAGUGUAUAGGACCAGACGGGAGGCGGCACGUGGCAACGAGCUGUCCUUGUUGUCGUUUGAUGAUGUCAUCAGUGUCGUCGUCGUUCCUCAGCGGACGUUCUUUCUCUGAAGAGAAAAAAAGCCAGCAGUUUGUUCAUUACUUUGUUUUUGUUCUCUAUUUGUCUCUCAAUCUUUCUCCUGUUUUUUGUAAAUGACGACAAAAAAGGCCUGCCUUUAAAUGUUCAGGACGUUUUCAGUCACACUUGAACAGGUUUUUAAAGACCUCAGUAGGUGAGCUAGUUUUACCCUUUUUGCCCUUUGAAACUGCAGAUUUUUUGGAGAGUUUGUAAUCCCGUCUUGAUUAAAGAUUGAGUGGAAUUCUAGAUGUGAUGAAUUUUGUCAUAUCUUUUCAUUUAUUUUUCAUUUUACAUGAGUGUACACUUAGUUGUUCAGAAUAUUUGGGACCAUUAAAAUGUUCUUUGCUGUAA